UACCUGCAAGCCAGUACGCUGUUGUUGACUGUUCAACUUGUGAUUUACCUGCAAACCAGCCAUCUUGUCUGUGUAUAUAACGCACGUUCCCCAGUUAGUGUGGCAACCAGCUGAGUAGCCACACUUCCACGCUCAGUGUUGGAAUCCUCUCCAUCGAGUGAGCCAGUCCUCGUUCCUUCUCUUUGUCAAGAUGGCAACAGCUGACAUGAAGAAGACGGCGUGCGUCACCGGAGGGAACGGGUACAUCGCCUCGGCGCUCAUCAAGAUGCUGCUGGAGAAGGGGUACGCCGUGAAGACGACGGUCAGGAACCCCGAUGACAUGGAGAAGAACUCCCACCUCAAGAGCUUGCAGGCGCUUGGCCCCCUGACGGUCUUCCGCGCCGACCUGGACGAAGAAGGCAGCUUCGACGACGCCGUCUCCGGCUGCGAUUACGCCUUCCUCGUCGCCGCUCCGGUGAAGCUCGCGUCCGAGGAUCCAGAGAAGGAUCAGAUUGAGCCGUCUGUCCGAGGUACUCUGAACGUCAUGGGUUCGUGCGCGAAAGCUGGGACGGUGAGGCGCGUGAUCCUGACCUCAUCGGCAGCCGGAGUCUACAUCAGGCCGCAGCUGCAAGGCGACGGGCACGUCCUGGACGAGGAGUCCUGGUCCGACGUCGAGUACCUCACAGCCGAGAAGCCACCAACCUGGGGAUACUGCGUGUCGAAGGUGCUCCUGGAGAAGGAAGCGUGCAGAUUCGCGCAGGAGAAUGGCAUCAGCCUCGUCACCAUCUGCCCCGUCAUCACCGUGGGUGCGGCGCCAGCCACGAAGGUCCGCACGAGCGUCGUCAACAGCCUCUCCUUGCUAUCCGGCGACGAGGCAGCGCUCGGCGUGCUCAAAGGCAUCGAAAAGACCUCCGGCUCUGUGCAGCUGGUUCACAUCGAGGACCUCUGCCGCGCCGAGCUGUUCAUCGCCGAGGAGGAGGCGGCCGCGGGGAGGUACAUCUGCUGCAGCCUCAACACUACCGUCGUCGAGCUCGCACGCUUCCUGGCACAGAAAUACCCGCAGUACAACGUGCAAACAAAUCUGCUCACCGACGAUCAGCUCCUCGAGAAGCCGAGGGUCCUCCUUUCGUCGGCGAAGCUGGUCAGGGAGGGGUUCGAGUUCAAGCACAACACCCUGGACGAGAUGUACGACAACGUCGUGGAGUACGGCAAGGCCCUGAGAAUUCUGCCCAACAUGAUGGCGAGCACGACGUCAGCUCCAGCCACUGCAGCAUUCGUGGCCGCUGCGGCCGCAGGUGUCGGCGGCGGCUUGCUCGAGGGUGGCCGGCGGCGGUUCAGGGUGAUGUUGUGUGACGCCGGCGUGGAGGCCCAAGCCCAGGCGCAGGCGGUGGCCAAGGCGGUCAGUAUCGAAACGCUCGAGCAGUUCAAGAUCUCCGCCGACCAAUGUUUCAUUGAUCUUCUCCGUAACGAGAUCGUUCAUUUUAUCAUCCAUUUGUGCCUGCCUGCCUACUUGUCACUAUAUAAAUGUAGGCUUCAGGCUGUCGCAGGCAUCAGUCCACCAGGCGAAUCUCAGUUUUUGAAUUCCAGUGAUCGAGCGAGCGAAUCCUCUUUCCUUUUGUCAGAGACUCAGGAGAGGUGGCGUCCGGCGAUGUCGGCGGGUGGAAGGAAGACGGCGUGCGUGACCGGAGGGAACGGGUACAUCGCCUCCGCGCUCAUCAAGAUGCUGCUGGAGAAGGGGUACGCCGUGAAGACGACGGUCAGGAAUCCCGGUGACAUGGAGAAGAACUCCCACCUCAAGGAGUUGCAGGCACUUGGCCCCCUGGAGGUCCUCCGCGCCGACCUGGACGAAGAAGGCAGCUUCGACGAUGCCGUUGCCGACUGCGAUUACGCCUUCCUCGUCGCCGCUCCUGUGAACCUGCAUUCAAAGAAUCCUGAGAAAGAGCUGAUCGAGCCUGCCAUCCGAGGAACUCUGAACGUCAUGAGGUCGUGCGCGAAAGCGGGGACGGUGAAGCGCGUGAUCCUGACCUCGUCGGCGGCCGCAGUCUCCAGCAGGCCGCUGCAAGGCGACGGCCACGUCCUGGACGAGUCCUCCUGGUCCGACGUCGAGUACCUCACGGCCAGGAAAUCUGGCCCCUGGGGGUACCCGGUCUCCAAGGUGCUUUUAGAGAGGGAGGCGUGCAGGUUCGCGCAGGAGCACGGCAUCAGCCUGGUCACCGUGUGCCCCGUCGUCACCGUGGGCGCGGCGCCGGCCUCAAAUAUCCACACGAGCGUGCCCGUCAGCCUCUCAUUGUUAUCCGGCGACGAGACACAGUUCGGCGUGCUGGAAGGCAUCGAGAUGGCCACCGGGUGCGUGCCGCUGGUUCACGUCGACGACCUCUGCCGCGCCGAGCUGUUCGUCGCCGAGACUGACACGGCCGCGGGAAGGUACAUCUGCGGCAGCCACAACACGACCAUCGUCGAGCUCGCACGUUUCCUGGCUGACAAGUACCCGCAGUACAGCGUGAAAACAAACCUGCUCUCCGGCGAGCUGCUUGAGAAGCCGAGAGUGCGCCUAUCGUCCGCGAAGCUGGUCAGGGAAGGGUUCGAGUUCAAGCACAACACCCUCGAUGAGAUAUAUAACGACAUCAUGGAGUACGGCAAGGCCCUGGGUAUUCUGCCCAGCUGAUAUGCUGAAUUGCUGAUCGCCUCAUUCUCUGCCGUCGAUCGGCGAUCAGGAGUCAUAACACCACACCAUGUGGUUGUAAAAUAAGCUUAUGCUGCUAAUAAGCUGAACCGUAGAGUUCAAUCAGUUUGUAUAAAGAAAUAAUUUCAUAUUUGUCACUUUCCCUUUAUAAAACGGAGUUUUCUACUUA